AAGGAGUAGGAGCCUCCUUCCCAGCUGUCUUCCAGGCCCUGGGAUCUGGCACAGCCUCCCAGGCGGCUGCAUCCUGUAGCUGAGUCACGUCAGGGAGCAGUGGGGACAGGUCACCUCGUCCCAUCAAAGCAAGCAACGCUGGCUCUCAAAGAGGCUUAGAUGGAAGACCCCACUGCCUCAUGGAGGAAGGGUCUCCCCAGAGAUGUCCUCGAACCUGGACUCCUGAGAGCGUUUCUGGCAGGAGACUACAGCUCCUCGGGCAUGAAGAGAGCAUCAGGUUGUCUUGUUCAUGGCAUCUCUGGUCUCCAGCUACGUUUCCCGCAGCAGGGAAAACAAAGCCAUCAUCUCCCAGAAUCCCAACUCUUUGACCUCCUUCCGCUCAGCAGUGAGGUUUAUCCAGCCCCCUCACCACACCUGUCAGCCUCUGAAUGAUGAAGGGCGUGAAUGUCAGAGUCACCAGUACGAGCAAACUCCAGUUCCAGGCAGUGGGGCCUGUGUUUACUCAACCCCUCUGGAAACCAGGUCUGAAAUGGGGAGCAAGGACCCCAGGCCAGUUACAGUAGGAGUGGGCAGAGCAGGCCUGUAACAGGGUGCUUUUCCCUGGGCUGCACAGCCUGGGGCCUAGUCAAGCUGAUUAUAGAUGAGCCCUAACUGAGAGGCACCAUGUUCCUCCCCCUAAAGAGCCAGACUUCAGUGGUGACACAGCCCAGCUGGGGUAUCAACAGGAAUGAGAACGAGGUAGUUCAGAGCAGCAAGGAAUCUUGAGAAGAGAGGUAGGAAGUGCCCAGGGAAAUCUGCAGGAAAGAGAAAGGAGCAGAUCUAGCUGUUGGGUACAAGGCCCCCGGCUGUUACCAAUGUCAGUGUGGGACUGGAUUCCCCUACUGGGGGGAGUACACACACACCCAGAUAGAGUUACCAAGCCCAGCAAGGGGGCUGCAGGCUGAGCAAGAGCCCCAGCGAUGGCAGAAGGACUUCUUUCUGUGGAAAGAUCUCUUUGGACUUCUAGUGUGAGACAACCUGGGCCCCAGAAGGGUGGACUAAAGGUGGUGACCUGGCCGGAGGGCUGAGUUACCAGGGAGAGAAACUGCCAUGGUGCUGGAGCGACCAUGGAUGGGCUGUGAUGUCAUGCCUGGCCGCCAUGGGGGCACAUAAUGAUGAGUAGAUUUGUUUAUGAUUGGCCUAGUCAGGAGGAUCGAAUUCUGCCUGUGAUCCAUGAGGACUGAUGGAAGUCUUGGUUGCUGAAGGAAGGUCUGUCCUCCCAUGCGGGUGUAUCGAGGGACCGAGCCAGUCACUGGAUUUCCCAUUUCAGUUCCAGGGACUGGUUAAGCAGCCAAAGCAGGGGUUUCACCAGCAGCUCCUACAAAGCCAACAGAAGCAGAAGGAAGCGCAAGCGGAGCUACAGAUGUGAGAGAUCUUGCAAAGGGAAUGCCCAUGGAUAAAAAGAGCAGACACGGAGAGCAUGCCUGGGCUGUGUUGAUAAGGGUAGCCCAGGAGAGCAAGGCAUGAGAAAGUGUACAAGCAUAGCCUAAUGCCAAGAUGGGGAUAAGAGUUCUUUGUUUUGGGUGCAGAGAAGCUGGCCACCUCAAAAGACACAGCCUGCUUAGUAAAUUGCUGAGUGGCAAAAGGAGGGGCCAGGGCCUCAAGAAGUUAGAAAGAAAGGAAAAGGUGUCCUCUGACACAAACCCACAUGAGGCAGGCAACGUGGAGGUGGCAGGGAUGGCCAUGGACUUUGCAGACCCUUGACCAACACACCCUGUCAGGUGCAGCAGGGAGGUGAAGGACGAAAUGGUUGGACCAGAGAUAAAGCAGACUGAAGUAGGGACAAACGCAAGGGUGGAACAGUCAAUGGUGGGUUCUCCGACCCUGAUGGAAAAGGUUUUGGGGGAUGCAGCGGCAGUAGUAAAAAGGCUACAGAAGAAGCUAAAGGCUUCAGAACAGGCUCCGCAAGCAGCUGUUAAUGAGAAUGAGUGGCUGCAGGAAGAGCAUUGGGAUACUGCAGAAGAGAAGGAUGGCCUCUGAGUUCUGGUGAGCGAGCUGGCAGUGGAGCUGGAGACACUGUGGGUACAGGCUGUACAAGCGCUCAGCCAGUGACAGCGAUGAGAUGACAAGGGAUGAAGUUUGGACAAGAAUAGAACUUGCCCCUCGUGUGGGCCAGUUUCUAAGGAGGAGCGUAUAUGACAGGGUGGCUUGGCCUGUUGGCAAUAAAGCCUGGAGCUAGGCCAAAUGGAUUACAGAGUGAGCUCCAUCUGAGGGGAAGGCCAGGGGAAACCGCAGCAAAGGUACAGGAGUAGGCCUAGCUGUUCAGUACAGACCUGCUGGUUCUCCCAUGGUCUCUAAGGAAGUGGACGUACAAGGCCAUAGAAAGGGCUAUCAAGGCCAGCAAGGGCAGGCCGAGCCAAAGUCAGGCUGAGGAAAAGCCCCCAAGGGACGGAGGACCUUGUUUUGGUUAAAGACAUUUUUGGACUUUUUGUUUGGGAUGAGCGUGACCCAGGAAGGAGUGGACUAAAAGACAGUUACCUGGCUGAAGGGCUGAGUUCCCAGGCCAAAAACUGCCAGAGUUCUCUAGCGACUCCCGGCGGGGAUGCUAGCCCAGUAAGAAAGCUGUGAGCCCAGGCCUUGCCAGGAAGGGGCACCUAUCGAAGCUGCCCAGAAAUGUUCUGUCCAAGUUAUUUUUCAAUGAAGAAUGAGGAGAAGGAGAGGAAAACAUACCUCACCUGUGGCCUGAAACCCAGGACUGUCUGCAUGAGCCCUGUUGAUCUUUGCUCUCUGCUGUACAUUCCUUGCUGUUCCCCCACCCUCACGCUCCAGCUUAGGGCCAAGCAUUUGUCCUAUUGUCUCUCUCCCGAGCUGCCCAUCCUAGGAAGCUGGGGGACACCGUGACAGCACCAGCAGCUGUGUGGAGGCAGAACACCCAGCGAGGUGUUCCCAAACCUGUUCUGUUCUAAUGCUCCUUCCCCCCCGUCAAGUGUCUUUCUUCUUGUCUUUGCCAGUUUCCUAGAAGCAUUGUCCCUUCCAAGUCCCAGGAUCCUUCAUUCUGACAGCCAGCCCCUGGGAGUUAAUUAUUACAUGGAGUUGUAAGUUUAAGGGCUGCCUGGCUGAGCUGAAGACACUUUCCCCUCCUCCCAGCUGCUUCUUGGAGGUAGCAAAGGUUAGAACCACUGUGGCCCAUGCUGUUGCUGCUAGGCGGGGGAGACAGGCAGUGCAGAGCUCUGGGGCUUCCGGGCCACUGCUGACGAUGCCCGUAGUGAUGCCCUGCUGCCUGUUCACAGACCUUGGCCUGAAUGGAUCCUGAACAUGCAGCAGCACGGGGCAGCCCACUGAGCAACACCCUCUCUCCUCCCGUGUGGGUGACAUGGACUCCUGUGAGGGGCUUUGCCACGUGAUCGCCCCCCCUCGCCCACCGCACGCCGUCACCAGCUGCAGUUGGCAAUGGACGCAGGGACCACUGUGUACAGUCCGUCUGCCUUCGGCUACCCGUCCAGGAGUGAGACAGGGGCCGGAGCUGCUGAGACCUGGAGAGCUGCUGCCCUCACAUCCGAAUGCCCUGUGUGUGAGCCACGGGGCCAAGAGGAGCCCACGGCGGUGGAGAGCCAGGCCCCGUUCAAGGAAGGCAGCCAGCAGCUCCAGAAGCAGCCGGCGGUGGGACAAUGGAAGCCGCUGGCAUCAUCCAGCGGCGGGAAGGAGCUGCCGCAGCUGGAUCCUCGCUGCAGGGAGGCAGGUGGGGGAGACGACGACCAAUCCACAGCGCAGCGCAAUGUCUCCCGCCUGCGCAGCUCCUCGGUGGAGAUCCGUGAGAAGGGAUCGGAGUUCCUGAAGGAGGAGCUCCACAGAGCACAGAAGGAGCUGAAGCUGAAGGAUGAGGAGUGUGAGAGGCUGUCAAAGGUCAGAGAGCAGCUGGAGCAGGAGCUGGAGGAGCUGACAGCCAGUCUGUUCGAGGAAGCGCACAAGAUGGUAAGAGAUGCGAACACUAAGCAGGCGGCGUCAGAGAAGCAGCUGAGGGAGGCGCGAGGAAAGAUCGACAUGCUGCAAGCAGAGGUGACUGCUUUGAAGACUCUGGUGAUCACUUCCACACCUUCCUCUCCAAACCGAGAGCUGCACCCCCAGCUCCAAAGCCCCUCCAAAGCUGUCUUCAGGAAAGGGCACGGGCGGAACAAGAGCGCCAGCAGCGCAGUAGUCACAGCCACCAGCCAGAGCCUGCCCUUGGAGCCGGUCAGCAACGAGUGCAAAGAGUUUGGCGUGCCCACUCUCCUCUCUCUGCUCCUCUGUAUUGUCCCGGGGAAGGCCAUCCACAUCACCUACGAGCCAGGCUGGCAGGCCCUGGUGGCAGAUCCUUCCUCGUCGUCCUCCUUGCGGCAGGUCGACUCCAUCCUGUUCGCUGAGUUCCAGGCCUGGAAGGAAUCCCCAACUUUGGAAAAAUCCUGCUCCUUCCUGGAGAGGAUUUACCGGGAAGAUGUGGGGCCCUGCCUGGACUUCACCAAACAGGAGCUAUCAGAGCUGGUGCAGGAGGCUGUGGAGCAGAACACGCUCACCAUAGAGCCCGUGGCUACCCAGGCACUGCCCGUGGUGAAGGUGUCGGCGAUGGAAUGUGGUGGACCAAACGGGUUCCGGUCACAAAUUGUAACGAAGUGCGCUCUGAGUGGCCUGUCCCGAGCCUGCAAACACCGCAUCAAACUGGGGGAUUCUGGGAACUAUUAUUACAUCUCACCAUCCUGCAGGGCCAGGAUCACAGCCGUAUGCAACUUCUUCACCUACAUUCGCUACAUCCAGCAGGGCUUGGUGAGACAGGAUGUGGAGCUGAUGUACUGGGAAAUCAUGCGGCUCAGGAGGGAAAUGUCCAUGGCCAAGCUGGGCUUCUACCCCAGCGCGAUGUAGGCUGGACCUCGCCGUCUGAAGGGAGCUGCCCCAGCACGAACGUCACGUACUCCAGCAGACAGACAGACUGAGGCAGUGCGUCUACGCCAACGGGGUUCCCUCCUUCUCCCGGCCUGACGUGAACCACAGAGGGGAGGAGGAGAGUUCCGCCAUCCAAAGGCCUCCUUGCUGCCGUUCUCACAGUGACUGAGAUGCAGACACCCCCACCUGCCCCCAGAGAUGGGCUGGUCCUUUGAGCUCUGGGGGGUGGCCAGCACUAAGUUCUGUCCAUAGUGGACCCUUUUCCCUAUGCUGCCUAUAGCCAGUUUUUUUAAUUUUAUACACAAUCUUGCUUCUGCAGAUUCUCCGAAACCUGCUGUGCACGAGGCAGGUCCUGGGCUCCUCUGUUUGGCAGAGGGUCCUUCAGCACUGAACUGCAGCUGGGCCUUCCCAUAUCCACCCCCCUGCCUGAGCGAGGCGGGGUGCAGUAUUGCUCUGCUGUGCCCCCAGCCCUCACUGGUGCUCCUGCAAAUGCCAGUCCCGCACAGUAACCUCACUGAGAGCCAUGCAAAGCAUAUUUUCCAAGUGCUUCCCUGCUCCUCUGGCAGUCGCCUAUAGGAGUCGUUUUCCAUUCGCUCAGUCACAAAGAGGGGUUUGGUUUUGUAACCCAGCUCAGAGCUGCUGCUGGGAGAGCUACAGCGUAGGCCAAAGCUCCGUGCCUGGGGCCUUGGUCGCAGUGCAAAUGGAAAUUGCAGAACAGAAAGCUGGCCACAGCUAUGCUGAGGUUGGCUGUACUAGGCUGCAGACAGUGUCUCUUCAGGUCCUUGUGAGGCAGCGGUGCCUGGCUAUGGUCACUGCAGGAAUGAGCAGCUCUCUAUUGCUCUGCUAUAAACCCCAGCCAAGGACAGAUGCCUCCUAGCUACUCCUGUUUCUAGGCUGCGGCCUCAGGCAUUCACUUCCCUGCUGUCCCAAUAUAAACUCCAGCCUGGGGCUGUCUCCUCUCUGGCUCUCCUUGUAGCCCCCAACUCAGGCAGUCACUACUCAGUGGCUAGUUAUAGGCUCUGGCCCUGGGCAUUCACUUCUGUGCUGCUUCAUUAUAGAUUAAGUCCAGACGGACCCAUUAGAUCAUCUAGUCUGACCUCCUGUAUAACAGAGGCUGUAGAAUUUCACCCAGCGACUCCUGUAUUGAACCUAAGCCUUGCCAGUGCUUCGGGGUGAAAGUAACUUAAGGGACUUACCGGUGCGCAGGGCGGCCAGGGUCCUGAGCAAGGUUGGGGGCGGGGGAGGGCUGGGGCCAGACUCCCCCAGGCAGCCCUUCAGCAUGGCCUUUUGGCGAUUUAAAGGGCCCAGGGCUCCCGGCCACCGCCAUCAACACUACCCCGGGGCUCCAGCAGUGAUUUAAAGGGCCUGGGGCUCCGGCUGCGGUAGCAGCGGCUCCCUUUAAAUCAACCCCAGAGCCCCAUGGUAGCAGCAGUGGUGCCUUGGAGCCCUGGGGCUCUGGUGGCAAUUUAAAGGGCCAGGGGCUCUGUCCACUGCUGGGAGCCCCGGGCCCUUUUAAAUUACUGGGCCCCAGGGAAGCUGCCCUCUGCAGUAUGGUCGGCUGUGUACCAGCUCUUACCGGUACGUCGGACCGGCUUACUUUCACCUCUGCAGUGCUUCCUUAAUGGUCUCCCAGCUCCCCAGCAGGGAGCCCUGAGACACCACUGCAUGUGGGUGACAGCGCCUGAGACAACCAACCAUCUCCUAGGCCCCCCUGCAGCUCACAUCUCCCCUCCCACUGUCAUUAAUAUAGGAGUAUAUGCAGUAGUGCUGGGAGGGCCUGAUCCAAAGCGCAUUGAAAUCCUUGGACUCCCAGUGUCUUGGGCUCAGACCUUAAAUAUAGAUGGUGCUUUACAGAACUUUGCAAAGCCAUGA